AGGAGCUGGAUGUGUUUGACCUGAAGAAAUACUCCAGAUCAGAGGAAGGUCUUCUGAGGCUGCUGCCAGUGGUCAAAGCCUCCAGAGCUGCUCUGCUCUCAGGCUGUGGAGUCACAGAGAAAGGCUGUGGUUCUCUGGUCUCUGCUCUGAUGUCAAACCUCUCAUACCUUAGAGAGCUGGAUUUGAGUAACAAUGACCUGAAGGAUUCAGGAGUGAAGCUGCUCUCUGCUGGACUUGGGAAUCGUCACUGUAAACUGGAGACUCUGAGGCUGUCACGCUGUCAAGUCACAGAGGAAGGCUGUGCUUCUCUGGCCUCAGCUCUGAGGUCAAACCCCUCACACCUGAGAGAGCUGGACCUGAGCUACAAUCACCCAGGAGACUCAGGAGUCAGACUGCUCUCUGUUGGACUGGAGGAUCCAAACUGCAGACUGGAGAUACUCAAUGUGGAACAUGGUGGAGAGUACACAAUGAAACCUGGGCUUAGAAAAUAUGCCUGUGAUCUCACACUGGACCAAAACACAGUAAACAGACACCUCUCUCUGUCUGAGGAGAACAGAAAGGUGACAUUUAGGAGAGAGGAGCUGCCGUAUCAUAAUCACCCAAAGAGAUUUGAGGUCUGGCCACAGGUGCUGUGUAGAGAGGGUCUGACUGGGCGCUGUUACUGGGAGGUAGAGUGGAGUGGGAGAGGGGCUGAUAUAGGAGUGACAUAUAAUGGAAUCAGAAGGAGAGGAGGGGGAAAUGACUGUGGGCUUGGAUACAAUGACAAGUCCUGGAGUCUGUUCUGCUAUGACAACAGUUACAGAGCCUGGCAUAAUAACAAUCUCACUACCAUAGACGUCCCCUUCUCCAGCUCCCACAGAGUAGGAGUGUAUCUGGACUGGCCAGCCGGCACUCUGUCCUUCUACAGAGUCUCCUCUGACACACUGACCCACCUGUACACAUUCCACACCACAUUCACUGAGACCCUCUAUCCAGGGUUUAGGGUUUGGUAUGAUGACUCCUCAGUGUCCCUGUGUCAGGUGGUCCCUGUGUCAAACACAACAUGAUGUUUGACUCUAAUCAUGGUUCAGUAAGACACAAUAGAAUAUCUCUCUAGUGUAUAAACAUAUGAUAGUAAAUAUUCAUGAAUACACACCAUUGAAGUUGACAGAUAUUGUCAACGAGAGUCAUUUAUUAAUAGAAUGAAUCACCACACUGUGUUGUAAAAACUGUUUUCAUUUACAAAUCACUGAUCUUGUUGUUAUUGGGCUUCUUGGUGUUUGUACAUAUUAUUAUCUGUAGAAUGUUUAUUUGUCAAAUUCUUGACACAACAAUAUUGUUUCUGUAUGAACUCAAUUCCACUGAAUGAAAUGUACAUGUGACAGAUGUGACUAAUAAAAGUUAAUCAACCAGAUGAAAGAA